GACUACUUAGCAUCUUUCUGACGAAGAUAAAUGGCUCUCUGUUUAGAAAUAACUGAUAUCUAAACAACAAAAAAGACAGGUUACUUUCAGACGUUGCGUUCCAACUUGUUAAGGUGUUACUGAUACGCCGGGCGGUUUAUGAGUACGAUUCCCAUAUCACCAUUGGAAACCAUGCGUUGAUGCAAACAGGUGAAACAUACCGACAUACAGGAAUAUUAGUAUGUACACAAUCACAACGGAUUUCAACGGAUUACCAAGCUGCGUCUCCGACCUUUGUUUAUGACCUUCACCUUAUGAAGGUCAUCAGUUUCAGCUACCAUGUUGGAUACUAUACGUAGCCUCGUUUUCAUGGUUGUAUUGUUUGGAAUACGCUGUGACCAAUACCCACCCAAUUGUAACAAGACGUGGCGUAGCGCAGACCUCGAAGACACCACGGUCAAGCCUCUCACGGUCAGUCUGACGAUCAGGCCGGAGGACCACAGGAAGGCCGUCAAAUGCCGCAUGAACUUUAUCGGCAAGGAAAACGAAAUCGUCCAGGUCAAAAUCACCAGUGUCAGAGCGGGUAGCUAUGAUAAAAGCUUAGGGACAUGUGUUGGGGGCCACCUGAAGGUAUUCGACGGCUUGAACUUCCACGCGUCCAGCUUCCCGCCAACAGUCCUUUGCGGCUACCACGAGGCGGAGGGCCCCCUGCCACAGCGCAUACUGGUCAAGCGGUUCUCAUCCCGAAACUCCUCCAGAGUCGAGUUUUUUGUGUUGGAGGCGAACACCAAGUCGGGUUUUGAUAUAGAGGUCACUUUUUAUAAUAAACGCGACAAAAAAGGUCUAAAACAGGUGUACGGAAGCUACCCAGUUACGAAAGGCCGAAUACCGGACACAAAGUGUGAUUGGAGAAUACCAAUCAACGACUGCUCGAACGGAUGUUUUUUCGUUACCCCUGGUUACCCGGGAAUUUAUCCCCCAAAUACAAAAUGUCGCUACUAUCUGACGAACGUCGUGGGGGAGAGGAUCGAGCUGUAUAUGUCCAGCAGUUUCCGGGUCAAGUUCGAUAUGAAAAAAAGUAAUGACUGCAGCGAAGAUUACGUGAAGGUAUUCGAAGGCAACUCCACAGACAGUCCUCUAAUCGGCAAAUUCUGCGGCCAUGACGGCAAAGUGAUGAUAUCGAAAUCGGAAUCUCUGCUAGUUGAAUUCAACAGCGGCCCUGGUGGACCCAAGUGGGACUACAGCGGAUUUGAAGCGAGCGUCCAAAAGAGAUGGGGAAUCGCUUCUGGACGAAAGAUACCGAACACCGUAUGCGACUGGACAUUCGACGAGCCUAACGAUACUAAGGAGGGCACUCUGAACACUGCCGACCACCAACUACCGAGAGGGACAAUAUGCAACUACAGAUUCAGGGCCAACCCGAACGAACGCAUAGAAUUUUCAAUCGUCAUCAAAAAGAUGGGCAAGAAUUGCGUAGAUUACAUCGAAAUCGACGACGAGAAAGAAAACGACAAACCAGCUACCAAAAUCUGCUGGGAGGAUCUAAAACACCAAGGCAGACGAAACGAGUACAAAAUCACCACCCUCGGCCCCAAUGCCACCAUCAGAUACAUCCAUAAUGGCGGCCAAAUAUCCAACAUUGAACCAAUCUUCAUUGAUUACAUUUUCCUGUCAGACCCGAGUUAUAAUGCUAGCGACGCAGUUAAACCAGACAAGGGAUACACUAAGUCAGAGCCAGAUGGCACAGUUGGUGCAGCCGGUAUGAUUACAUUCAACCUCGGCCCCCUCUUGAUCAUCACAAUACUCGCUGCACUUCUCUAGACGAAAGCAGCCUAACCGGAAGUUACCUCAGGAUGUAUAUGACGUCAUAUCCGAAACAGAUAUCAAGAAAUUUGCGGUUUUUAUUGGCAACAUCGUGGAGUGUUUCUAUUAACAUAAUUGACAGGACAUGACGUAGAAGUAACGCCAAUUGAUUGUUCUAGAUGACGAUCUACCCUUCAUAGAAUCACGCAUAUAUGCACACAAAAACAAUAUCGUUAUUUACGAAAUAUGUUCACUUUUUCACGCAGAGACAAAGACGCAUUCAAAGGAAUACCUUUUGAAAGGACCGAUUAAUUACGAAUUAUCUAUUUACAUGCAAGUAGUGAUGGGUCUGAUGUUCCUACGCACAAAAUGGCGGAAGACCCAUUAUUAACAAUGGAUGCACAAGACGCCAAACGACACGAUUGGUUUCGUCUUGACAAUCUUAAAAACAUAUUCAACUGUGUGUAUGCAGUGCGUAAUCGUGUUUACAGAUUUGCCAAGCUGGCCAAAUUUACCAAGGAUUCAAUGUAAAUCUGAAUAAAUGAAUUUCUGAGAGAAGUUGUCCGAUAAAGACGGCAAAGCCUGUUUCGUACAGUGUUACUAUUCAAUAGUGUUUUUCUGUAUCGAUUAUGCAUUUCCACACCAAAGGUUGCAGUGUUGUUUUAAAAUACCUAGACCAUCCCUACGCUGGUAGUCAUGUGGAUGUGUUUUUAGCAUCCUUUCCUCAAUGCCGGAAAUUGAUUUGAUCACGUGUCACAACACCACACAGAACCGGGCAAUACUCUGUGGUGUUUUGACCGAAAUUAACAACAUUUCCCGGGAAGAUGAACGUAAACAUGGCAAUGCUAAAAAACUGUGGAUUUGAUGCAUCCUUUUCAAUCGGUAUUCGCUAAAGAACCAUAGUACCGUAGGAUACAAGUGCGUGUUUACAUUGCAGACACUGCUUUGCCAUCAUCUCGUCAACUCAUAUUCUGGUGACACGCCGGGUUACGGGCAACCUAGGGGUUACCAGAAUGUGCAGUUUGUGAAAAUAUUUUGGUGACCUCAUCACUUUAUCUGAAACCGAGUCAAGCAUUGCCUAACAAUCGCCAUUUUGCAACAAUCCAUGGUGACUUCGGCAUUUCUUAUAUAGCUUGUAAAAGGCGUUUUCAUUGGUGAAUUUCGGCUUGUAACGCGCGUUUCUACUGGUUGACCAGUCUGAGGGGGAACGAGUAAUUCUCAGCCUCCAAUGGGUGUCCAGGCUUUAUUUUCCUCGAUAUGUAAUAUACGCUGGUUAACCGAACAAGGCAAGACUUGGCGACGGUUACCAAUAGCGAGGCAUGGAGAAUGGGUGAUUCGCUGAGGGUAUAACAGAUUCAGCAAUACAAGCAAGGCUUCUCUCGAAAUCCUUUAUUCUGAUUGGCAAUGUCUCUGUAAGUGAGCUUGAUAACUGCGUGAUUUACCGACUCCACUGAGUCACAGAGAUUCGGGCAUCUUAGUGAAAUAGUGAGGUCCGUUCUACCGCACAAGUUACUCUUGUUACUCUUGAAAUGUGUUAAUAGGAACUGCUCAACUCGCUAUUUUCAGACAGGUAACUGAAAUAAAUGAAUUGUACAGCCUUUUAAAGUCACUUCAUGCACAUGGAUGGCUAGGAGUCCAUGUUCAUGAAAAGUGACCCCGUAGAAAGCCCCAAUCACGCCAUAACGGCAGGGAGUACCGGGCAACAUUUCUGGCGUUGUUACGUGAUUAUGGUAAACAAGAUGGCCGCGACGGUGUGUAACACAUACACUUCUACUGUAUGUUCAAGUACAGGUAGUUUUACUUUGAAACACACGGAUUUCACCAUGUAAUUUUGGCUUCGGGUCAUGCUAUGAUAUCCAGGAAUUGGGCAAUUCUGAUAGAUAAUGUAGCACGACUUUUAAAGCCGAAACAGCAUGGACGACACCACACCAAAUAUAUCAUUGUCAUUGGAAAAAGCAUACGACUUUAAAGGGGUUCAAUAUUUUUCAAAACGACCGGUGCCGUUCUAGAGAUAAAGCAGCGAGGACACGUUUUCGGAUCUUCAACAACUCAAUAUACAAUACCAGAAUCUGGGUAUUAGUUGAUAACGUAAUUAGAGGGCAAGAUUGUAGCCCCCUUAAGAUGGAAAAUCCUGUUAACGUGUGACAAGGCGCAAAACGCGCGGCUGGGACGUGAUUUUUAUCUUUAAAUUGUUACAUUUCUAUAUUUUAUUCUAAGUCGUUGUAUAUAUAAUAUGAAAUAAAUGUAUAUUUAGCAUUGGAAAUCGAUGACGCCUGCUAGAAUGGAUAAUUUCUGACGUCACACAGGUAGCAGUGCCUGGCGGCGAAGGUGUAACUGUAACUAAAGCUUGUGAUAGAAUGGACAGGUGAUGUAACGAGAGCAGACGCCCUAAAAAUCGCUCUAUGACGUGUUUGUAAGGAAAGGGUUACACCAUAAAUUAGUUUACUGUUUUAUCAUUAUGUGUGACCCCAUGCGUCAUGGGAUGAAAAGCCCAAGACAUCAGCGUAUGUAUACUCGUAGCUAAAACUAGCAACAAUUUGCGGUUAAGCUAUGAUCUGUUACCCCCUUGCUUUACGGCAUGAAAGAGCUCGGGGACUCGUCUUAUUACUAAACUAACAACUCUGAAUAACAUAGCAUGAUGCAUGACCCAUAUCGUUACGUAGCGGCUAAGUAGCGGCUAAGUCUACGACACCUUAAGUUGGUUCAGUUUUCAAAGAUUGAAAUUUAGUUCCAAAAUGACUUAUUUGUCAUAUUCAUGUGAAAAACUUGACAGAUUGUUUAUAUGGGCCUCAUUUGUAUGAGUAAACAACCUCAGGGCCGGUUGAUUUGAGCAGCUGGCAGAUAAGAUUCUGUCCUACAUACAGCGGCAAGGUUAACAACCUUGACGUGCCGUAGAAUUUAGAUCGGCUGCAAUUAAAGCAUGAUGCACGACCCCUUCCGUUACGAAGUGAAGAGCUUUGGGCCUCAGUGUACACUAGUUUGCAGUUAAAGCAUGUGAUGUGACACCCUUGCGUUACCGACGAAUCACCGCGUAUGACGGUACAGAAUGACCUUGGGCAUGAGGCCUCGAUCAUUCUCUCCACAUUGCGUACAGUAGGUCUCAGAAUCUAGGUUCAGAAAUGUUCUGCUGAUAGAACAGAACGAUUUCAACAUCAAUCUCCCAACGAGAGGAUAGUUAGCAUUUGCUCCGGUGGGGCAGAGUCAGUAAACGGUGAUAAUCUAUCACUAAGCAACCGUUACCAAUGUCGAGACUUGGCGGCUUUAACAUAUGAGUUUCUCGAAAAAUGCCUCGUGGUUUGGCAUUCCUUACCUUUAAUACCCUAGUUAGCCUAAACAAGAAAACCUAAUUGCCGUAAAAGAAGAACCAAAUUCUCUGUUGCAAAUAUUGUGAAUGGAAACGAUACCCUGUUCAGAACUUUACUCCGUUUUCAGACAGUCAAACGUUUCAAAGGUGUUCCCGCGAAUGCUUAUUGGCUAUUUGCCGCUUGGUGGCGCUGCUCUCUAGAUCCGGGUACUUGCUGCGCCUCCUAGCGCCGAUGAAAGAAAGCGUGAUCACAAAGAAAGUAUGCAAGCAAGACGUGUUUUA